UGUGACUAAUACGCACGUGGAGAGAAUCAGUCGUCUUCUUCGUUUGGAUCUCGUUUUAUGAAACCACCGGAAGAACCCACCGGAAGCUUCACCGGCGCUUCAGUGCUUGCUUCUAUCGUCGACUAUUAGAACCAGAAUACGACAAAAACAAAUUGUGAGCUGCGUUUGACUCAAUCAGAGAGAAGUCAUGAACACUCACAAUAAUCGAUACGCAAAAUGGAAACAGAGAGAGCUUGUUCUUAUACUCUUAUACGCCAUCGCUUUCUACACUUAUGUCGUAUGGAGAUCGAUUCGUCUCUCCCACGAUCAUUACUUCAAGCUCCAUGGUUUAGCUCCUGGCUGGCUCAUUCCUAAUCGACGCAAUGAUGUUUCUGAUGCUCAAUGGAGGAAUUUUCGUGGAAAUUUGCCGAUUCUUAGCUUUGUUUUCGCGGUUUUCACUGUGAUUGCAAAUGGGUUUAGGUCUUUUUUCCACUUGAAAGCUAAAGGAAUGGCUAUCUUGUGGCUUUCGAUGUCGUUUAUAUACUUGAUAUACUUACAUGGAGCUUGCGUCAUUUACAUUCUCUCGAUUGCAACAGCCAACUUCCUUCUUGUUAAGGUUUUUGCACGGACCAAAUACUUUCCUUUCAUGCUUUGGACGUUCAACAUAUUUUUUCUCUUCUGCAAUCGCAUUUAUGAAGGAUAUUCGUUCUCCAUUUUCGGGCAACAGUUUGAAUUCCUGGACAACUUUAGGGGCACAUUUAGAUGGCAUAUAUGCUUCAAUUUUGUUGUUCUGCGCAUGAUAAGUUUUGGAUACGAUUAUCACUGGAGCCAACUGGAUUCUCAUUUUGAUCAAGAGAAACACGUAGCGCGCUGUUCCUUAUGUAAAUUGGGGAAGACUUGCUACGUAGUGCGACAGGAGAGAGGUCUAGCAAGUGAUAGCUGCAGUUUUUCUCUAUACCUUUGUUAUUUGGUGUAUGCACCCUUAUACCUAGCGGGGCCAAUCAUAAGCUUUAAUGCAUUUGCUUCUCAGCUAGAUAUGCCACAGAAUACUCAUUCAUUCAAAGAUGUUGCUUGGUAUGGAGUGCGCUGGUUAUUCAGCUUCUUGCUGAUUGAACUUAUGACACAUUUGUUUUAUUACAAUGCCUUUGUGAUCAGUGGUCUGUGGAGAGAACUAUCUCCUGUGGAGAUAUUUAUUGUUGGAUAUGGGGUGCUAAACUUCAUGUGGCUUAAGUUCCUUCUUUUAUGGAGAUAUUUCCGCUUUUGGUCUCUGGUGAAUGGCAUUGAAACUGUUGAGAACAUGCCGAAUUGCAUUAACAAUUGCUAUAGCCUGGAAUCAUUCUGGAAAACCUGGCAUGCCUCAUUUAAUAGGUGGCUUAUCAGGUAUAUGUAUAUUCCUCUAGGUGGAUCACGAAGAAAGUUUCUGAAUGUGUGGGUUGUAUUUACAUUUGUUGCCAUGUGGCACGAUUUGGAAUGGAAGCUUCUUUCAUGGGCAUGGUUAACAUGUUUAUUCUUCAUGCCAGAAAUGUUACUGAAAUCAGCAUCCAAUGCAUAUAAGGUUGAGAGUGCUUUUGGAGAAUUUAUCCUUCGUGAACUCAAGGCGUUGUCUGGUGCCGUCACAAUCACAUGCCUCAUGAUUGCAAAUCUUGCUGGCUAUGUCAUUGGACCAUCAGGUAUAAACUGGAUGGUCUCCAGCUUUCUUAAAAGAGAAGGAGUACCUGUUCUGGGCGGCGUGUUCUUUAGCUUGUAUGUGGGUACAAAGCUGAUGUUCCACAUCCAAGACUUGAGAAGUCGGGUUCAUAGCCCGAAGUAGCUGAUGCAAAGAGUUGUAGUCUCCUCAGUUAUAAUCAAGUAAUUUCAUUAUGGUUACAUUUUGUAUAAAGUUUUGGUCGGGCUAACUGAGUUUGUCCUUGCUGGAAGAAUCAAUAUGAAAUUAACUUUUGCAAAGGCUUUUGGAUGGAUGAUCA